GGCGGGAACAGCCUGCUGGGAGCCAAAGCGAAAGCAGCCGGGACAGGCCUGGACUCAGGCUCCCACACGGGCCCAGACUGGGGGGCGAUCACGGCCCCUCCUGUCUGCAGGCUCUGGGCUGAGCCAGAGUCCAGGUGGGGUGCCUGCCCCCCUUGGGGGGGCAGGCAGGCCUGGCCCUGUGCAGUGGGGCACCUGAAGAUGCCGGUGCCCUGGUUCCUGCUGUCCCUGGCACUGGGCCGCAGCCCUGCCGUCCUCUCUCUGGAGAGGCUCUCGGGGACUCAGGACACUGUCCACUGCUCCCCGGGCCUGUCCUGCCAUCUCUGGGAUGGCGACCUGCUAUGUGUGCCCGGGAGCCUCAUGCCCGCCCCUGGCCCCGUGCUGGUGCCCGCCCGCCUGCAGACAGAGUUGGUGCUGCGCUGCUACCAGGAGCAGGACUGUGACCUCUGCCUGCGGGUGGCCAUCCACCUGGCUGUGCACGGACUCCCAGAAGGGCCUGACCAGGACCUGUAUGGAACAGAUGCCGAGCUGAAGCCUGAGGAGAAUGGCUCUCUCCAGGCCCAGGUGGUGCUGUACUUCCGUGCCUACGCUGCGUCACGCUGCGUGCUGAUGGAGGUGCAGGUACCAGCAGCCCUGGUGCAUCCCGGGCGGCCAGCGGGCUCUGUUGUGUUUGAGUGCCUUGAGGUGGCUCUGGGUGCCGAGGUUCGCAUCUGGGCCUACACGCAGCCCCGGUACCAGAAGGAGCUCAACCUUACGCAGCAGCUGCCUGACUGCAGGAGCCUCGAAGUCCGGGACAGCAUUGAGAACUGCAAGGCCCUGCCCUGGCUGGAUGUGGCAACUGAUGGCGAGGAUGUGCUCCUGCAUGUGGAUAUAUCUGAGGGCCAGCGCGUCGGCCUCUCUCUGUACUGGAACCAGAGCCAGGGCCCCACGCGCCCCUGGUGGCACCAGAACCUGACAGGGCCGCAGACCAUCUCCCUGAACCACACGGACCUCGUGCCCUGUCUCUGUGUCCAGACACCUGGGCAUCCCAGAAGGGGGUGCAGCAGGCAGGGUGCCAACCGGGCCACUGGUGCCUCCUUAGCCAGAGUGACGCUCGGGCCUGUUUCCUUCCAGGUGUGGCCUCUGGAGCCUGACUCUGUGAGGACCAGCUUGUGUCCCUUCAGGGAAGACCCCCGCGCCCACCGGAACCUCUGGCACGGUGCCCGGCUGCGGCUGCUACCCCCUCAGAGCUGGCGGCUGGAGGCCCGUUGCCCGAUGCCCGCCGAGGCCUCGCUUUGUUGGCAGCCCCCAGGUGGGGACACCUGCCAGCCGCUGACCCCGCUGCUGCCCAGGGAGAACGUCACUGUAAAUAAAGCCCUUGAGUUCCCCCUGCUGAACGGUCACCCCAACCUCUGUGUCCAGGUGCACAGCGCAGAGAAGCUACAGCUGCAGGAUUGUCUGUGGGCCGACUCCCUGAGGCCCCCCAGGGACGACGUGCUGCUCCUGGAGGUGCAGGGUGCCCGGGAGAACCGGUCCUUCUGCGCCCUGGAGCCAGGUGGCUGCACCCCAGUGCUCAGCAGGGCCCCCACGAGGGCAGCUCGCCUUGGAGAGCAGUUGCUGCGGGACCUGCAUUCCGGGCAGUGUCUGAAGCUGUGGGACGGUGACCUGGAAACACUGUGGGCCUGCCCCAUGGACAAGUACAUGCACCAGCGCUGGGUCCUGCUGUGGCUGGCCGGCCUGCUCCUGGCCGCGGUGCUCUUCCUUCUUCUCCUCCUCCAGAAAGGCCGAGUGAAAGGGUGGCUGAGGCUCCUGCAGGAGGACAUCCGCGCGGGGGCGGCCGCCCGGGGCCGCCGGGCCCUGCUCCUCCACGCGGCGGACGACGCGGCCUUCGAGCGCCUGGUGGGCGCGCUGGCCUCGGCGCUGGGUCGCCUGCCGCUGCGCGUGGCCGUGGACCUGUGGAGCGGCCGGGAGCUGGGCGCGCUGGGCCCCGCCGCCUGGGUGCACGCGCAGCGGCGCCUGGCAAUGCAGGAGGGCGGCGUGGUGGUGCUGCUCUUCUCGCCCGCCGCCGCCGCGCUGUGCCGGGAGUGGCUGCAGGACGGCGCGCCCGGGGCGCACGGCCCGCCCGGGACGCACGACGCCUUCGCCGCCUCGCUCAGCUGCGUGCUGCCCGACUUCCUGCAGGGCCGCGCGGCCGGCCGCUACGUGAGCGCCUGCUUCGACGGCCUGCUGCCCCCCGCCGCCGUGCCCGCCCCGCUCCACGCCGCGCCGCUCUUCUCGCUGCCCGCGCAGCUGCCCGAGUUCCUGGGCGCCUUGCAGGGCCGCGACGCUCCCGGCCCCGCGCGGCUCCGGGAGAGCGCCCGGCAGGUGGCUCGUGCUCUGCGGCCCGCCCUGGAGCGCUGCUCCCGGCCCCCGCCAGACCCGAGCCCGGCCGCGCCCGCGGACCCUGAAUAAAGAACCUUUGCAGCCUCG